GUGUAGAGGCUGCUCGCAGCCAGAAGGAGGCGGUGUCGCUCCUCCUCCUCCUCCUCCUCCUCCUCUCCAGCGGUCGGCGGCUCAGCUUGGCCAGAGCUUCCAGUCUGCUGGGUGAGAUCAUAACCAGACACCGGGCUCCGGGACCUGACAUUCACCGAUUGGAAAAGCAAAGAGCGAGAGAGAGACGGAGGCGCACACUCAGGAGAGCGAGAGAAAGCCUUGAUCCAGUGCAGCAGGCGCGCAAACCCCCGCGGUCUCCAGCCUCGGCUCUAACCCGGUCCUCCGCUGCACGGACGCGGCUCAAAGCGCGCUCUGUUGUCGCAGGAAAUCUUUUUCACCCCCCUCGCUGGAUUUCUGGCUUGUAGUCGGAUGCGGGCUGCUUGUUUUGACUGCAGUAACAGAGCGGCUCCCCCUCCUUUCCCUUCUUCUUCUUCGUCUUCGUCUUCUCCUCAUCCUCCUCCCCUCCUUCCAGCCGAGUAGCGGAUUUGCGAGGGAUCUCAGCGCCGACUCGCCAGCGAUCCCGCAAGGCACCGGGAGGGACACGCUCUCUGCACCGCUGCGUCUCUUCUCCGGCUUGCAAGGAGCCCCCGAUCGGUCCUGCUUUCUGACACAGCCUGGACACCACCACCAAGUUUCCGCUUGGAUUUUUUUUUUAUCUCUCUCUCUCUCUAUUUUUUUUGUUCGUUUGCCUACAUUGACUCUCUCAUCGGAUCGCCUGCAAGUCCUAUUUCCCCCCCCUCGCUCUUCUCUUUCCAAAGCGUUGUUGACGCCAUUUUCCCCGGGGUUUUCUGUCAGAGAAAAAAAAAAUCAUCCACAUUUAUUCCCCGGCAGCCCCUGACAGCUCCCCGGGAGGCUGUCAACCCGUCCGUCGCCGCGUAAAAAUGUGUCUCGGCUAAAUGGAUUGUAAAUGAUCCUGAUGAAAUAUUCACAUGUUAGAACCGACUGUGUGACAACAUUAGACAUGGAUCGUCCCUGGCUUCGCAGCGUUCCUGUGGGACAACAAGCACAACCCCAGUAGCUGACUGACAACACCAAGCAGCCCACCGGACCACUGUGCUGAAUCUUCCCAUUGGCCGGCUGCCAGAGCAUCCCCCCCCCCCCCCCCCCCCACCCUGACUGGCUCUGGCGGGAGCGUGGAUGGAGCCGAGGGAUCUGGUUGGCUCAGCCCGACCCAAAGAGGCGGACCUUCGGGGCAGCAGGGCGGGGCUGAACGAGGAACAUCAACUGGCAGCCGGAGGCCCCAGGCUGGUGCACGGCGAUGAUGUGAUUAACGGCGCUGCCAGUGAGGGGGAGGGGCUAGAGGAACAAGGGGAGGGGCUUAUGGAGGAGCAGGAGUUCUCUAUCAAGGAAGCGAGUUUCCAAGAGGGAAGUCUCAAGUUGAAGAUACAGACCACCAAGCGCACCAAGAAGCCGCCCAAGAACCUCGAGAACUAUAUUUGUCCGCCAGAGAUCAGAAUGACCAUCAGGCCUCCGGCUGGAGAGGGCAAAGGGGGUCGACAGGGGCGUACGGGAGGCGGGGCAGGAGCAGGGCGGGGCCCCAAGGACGAGGAACGAGGUCCCCCGAGAAAAAGGACUUACGAGCGCCAGUUCAGGAUGCCUGAGCAGAGAGACGGAGGUCUUCUACAGCUACUGGGAGAUCCCGCUCCGCCCAAACACCAGCCCCGCGGCUCACUCCUCUCCAACACGCAGCAGACGCAGCAGCACCAAAUCGGUCCAGGCUGGAUCACAUCCGCGGCGCCUUUUUCUUCCCCGGGCCAUCCGGCCGACAUCGAGCCGGCCGGAGACCUGGGAGGAGGGAGCAGAGGUUCAUCGCUUGACCCGACACAACCUUACUCCCGAACGGCAACUCCAAGCCCGUCUCCCCAGAGAUCCAUGACUCCGGACCUGCAGCUACCCGUGGUCACGGACGCCAGCAUUCUCAACCUCACCUCAUUGAGCAGGGGAAAGGGUUUGCAAGAGGUCAGCGAGCAGCUCUUUGGGAACAUCAAGAGGAAGUACGGAAGGAAAGACUCUCAGAGGAUGUUCGCAAACCCCCACAGCGCCGACGCACCUUGGGGAAGGCAGUCGGAAAGAGAUCCGGAGAGCCUGGCCAACUCUGAAGAGAGGCAGAGGUACAGGCAAGAGGGGACGGCUGAGCAGUUUCAGGACGAGAGGGAGGAACGGAGGAAAGAAGAACGAGAGCAAGCGAACGCAGGAAGGAGAGGCGACGAAGAAGAGAGAGGCAUGGCCAUGCAGGUGGAGGACGGGAAAGGAAGAAAGAGGCGGAGGAGGCCGUCGUUCGAUGAGUCGUUUUCCAUGGAGGAGCGUUCCCAGCAGCAGGUUCUGGAUGCUGCAGAGAAGCCCCAGGCCGGACCACCAGAACCUAAAAUAGCACAUAAGAUAGAGGCUCACAAAAACGAUUCCCGUCUUUCAAGCCAGACUGAUGGCAGUGCAGAAAGGAUAGAAAAGGCAGAUAAAGCUGAUAGGAGGGAUAAGGGAGAGAGGGCAGAGAGAGGAGAGGCCGCUACAUGUAGGCCUGACCAGGAAUCUGAGCUGAGCUCCAACAGGGUGAAGAAGAACCCUGUGGGUCGCCCCAAGAGCAUCACGGAUACGCUGAAACUCAGAGAGGCAACAUACAAUCAGAUCAACAAACCCAGUCUCGGCAUGAACCCCAGGUUCCCCAGCCCCAGCUCUCGAGUUUGCAUGAGUCCGACUUCCAGCCCUAAAUCCAGGAUUAACAUCAGCCCGAGUCCAAGUCCUAGACCCCGGAUGGACCUGAGUCCGAGCCCCAGCACUGGCAGCAACCCUGGUGCCGGUUCCAGGCCAACCAAGGCCACCGAAAGAUGGUCCUACCUGAAAGCUAAAAGUCAUACGAGUCUCACUUCCCCUCAGAGAGACAGCAUGGGCAGCCCCUCCGCCCUAACCGACCCGCCCUCCGCCUUCCCCAUCACUCCCUCCAGCCCGCUCUACACCAACACCGACAGCCUGACUGUGCACGCUCCCAUCAAGAGGAAGCGUGGACGUCCCAAGAAGCAGCCCCUCCUGACCGUCGAGACCAUUCACGAGGGCACCUCCACCUCACCUCUGAGCCCGCUGGCGAAGGAAUCAAACCUGGGGCUCAACCGCCGGAGGAAGAUGCACACACUGAACCCUCUGGUGCACGCGGCCUCAGCUUCCAGUGACGGCUCCAACAACACGAAAGUGAAGCGCGGGAGAGGUCACCCCAGGGCGGCGAAUAAGACCAAGCUGGGAAAGAUGCAGAGCAUCCUGAACGAGAUCCUCUCCGGAUCCAGUCAGAACGGCUCCCUGGCUUUGAAGUCAGCCUCUGCUCCGGUUACCUCAGCCAUGAGUGCCAUGGCGACGACCAUCGAGGCUCGAUUGGGUAAGCAGAUAAACGUGAGCAAGAGAGGGACCAUCUACAUCGGUAAGAAGCGAGGGCGGAAACCCAGAGCAGAAACACAAGGCUCCGUCUCCCUGAAAACCGGCAGGGACAAGCCACAGAUGUCUCUUUCCACGUCCGGUUUUUAUGACAGCCCUGCAGUGCCUUCCACCAACUCAUCUCCGAGCUCCAGUGCUCCAUCCCUGAGAGCCGGCAGCGCAGACGCCACCAUGCCCAGUUUGCAGCCCAUCUCAGCCCUGCUCACCAAACCAUCGGGGAGAGGAUUUCUCUCAGGGGGCUGGAAACUUUCUCCUCCUCGCCUUCUGGCUAACUCACCCUCCCACCUGUCAGAGGGGGCGUCAGUGAAGGAGGUGACCCUUUCUCCCAUCAGCGAGUCCCACAGCGAGGAGACGAUUCCUAGUGACAGUGGAAUCGGCACAGACAACAACAGCACCUCGGAUCAGACCGAAAAGGGUCCUGCCUCUCGCCGCAGGUACUCAUUUGAUCUCUGCGGGUUUGAAUCCCCGGAGGCUGCCGCCCUGGACACUUCCAACAGGGGCAGCAGACCACGCUGCGAGCGAAAAGUUACGGCCGUGGACAGCUAUCUGUCGCAGCAGGAGAAGAAGCAAAAGCAUCACCGCCGGAAGAGGAAGUGCCUGCAGACCCGGGACCAUCUUCACUUUCUCUCUGAACUGGAAGAGGUCGUGCUAAAGUUCCAGCAGCUGCGAGUAUCCCACAGGCUGUACACCUGCUACCCCCAGCAUCCGUACCCGUCUAUUUUCCGACUCAACUUCCACCAUUACUAUCCGCUCAGCUACGACUCCUACGCCUGCGACUCCAGCUCGUACCUGCGCAGGAGUGCCGACCUGAAGGCUAAAAGGAGACGCGGCCGCCCAGCCAAAGCCAGCGAACCCAUCGCAUCCAAGCUGCCGUUCGUCCCGGGAUAUGGCUAUUCGCUGGGCGGGGGUAAUUACUAUGCAGCGCCGUACGCAAUGCCUUACGCGCCUCCUCUGAAUCUGGGCUACUUCCCCCCAACGCCGCCGUUUUACCUGCCCCACCACUCGCUUGGACCCGCUCCUCCAUCUCCGUUCAUGAGGCCCGCUCUCCCCCCGCCCAAAGCUUUCCACACGAGUGGGCACCCCAAGCUGCAGAUGGGGGCAAAGAUCCGCAGUGCUAGUGGCCCACUGCAGGGCCCCACGGUAAGAGCGGAGGCCCUGGGCUCCCUGGGCAGCGGCGGCGCGGCUGGCCUCGCCGGGGUCCGCCUUCAUAAGAGGAAGCACAAACACAAGCACAAGCACAAGGACGAACCUCUCCUGUCCCCACGGGACCGGCAGGAGCUGGGUGGACUUUUCAGCGGAGCCAAGACCAACAUGCGGCUAGGCAUGCUCAGCGAGAGGAGGGACUUGGCCGGUCAGGGUUCCUCGAAGCAUCUGGAGAAGCAGAGGGGCAACGCGAGAGGCUCGAACCUGGGAUCAGGCAUGGGGAUUUUCGAGUCGGACCAGCUGUCCGCGCGGGGUCUCGCCGACAGCCAGUUUCACUCGUGUCAGACUUCACAGCCUGUGAAGGGCUUCAUGAGCGGCUACAGCAGCCAAUCGCAGCGGUCGGAGUCGGCGUCUGACCUUUUUCAGGGGUUACGGGAGGAAGAGUGUGCCGGGAGGAACAGAAGGACUAGGCUCACUGUCUUCGGAGAUCAGGGCUUGAUGCCUUUCCAAACGGCCAGGCAGGAGCCGGAGCAGAUGAACGAGUGCUCCAGUCCAGCCCUCAGUGGUGUCCCCGCUAAGAGGAGGUACAAACGCCGUGAGGUGGAACAGAUCCAGAAGGACGUCAGGAGAAUGCACUCUUUGAACUUUGAUCAUGUGCAGAAGAUCCUCCGCGCCAAGCGUCUGCAGCGACAAGCCAAAACGGGAAAUAAUGUCAUCAAGAGGCGGCCCGGGCGGCCCCGAAAGCAGCCCUUAGCGGAGUCGCAGCCGGCCAGCGUGAGGGAGGAGCUUUGGGCCGAUGCUCGGGGUCUGGAUGUACUGGCCGGCAGGAAGAGUGACGGGAGGACUUUGGGGAUGCCUGUCCUGGAGAGGUGUGAUAACCUGCCAGGCAGGCACAGCCUCAGGCCGAGCCUGACUCUCGAGCCUCGGGAGCUCCCCGGCCACGACUCCAUCUUGGCGACUAUCGAGACGGUGGUGCAUCAGGCGCGGUCCGUGCCCCCUCCAGCGAAUAAAGAGAGCAAGCGUAGAGGUAGGGGCCACAGCAGGGACGAACUGUGGGCCCCUGGCAGUCAGUAAGACUGCACGGGGGGUGGGGGACGGGUGGGGGGGAAAGACUGCCACCCCUGAACUGAAGGUAGAGCAGCGAUCAGAAUCAGAGCUGCUUCACCCCUAACAGAUGCAGUGCCCUUCAUUUGGGAACUCUUCGAUGCACUUUGACUUGUUUUUUUUUGCUCUUGGGUUGGUUGUGAGGAGCACAGUGGGGCGGAGCAGUAACGGUGCAGCAGGAGGAGACAACAGCCUCCCUCAGUCUGCAGGAACCCCCCACCAGACACGGGCCUUUCAGUGAUCCACCGGACCUCUACUCACAUCGGCACUCUACGGUACUCUUUGAUACUGAAUCUGAUGCUAUAAAAGUGUGCGGUACUUAUGAUAGAGUAGGAUUUCAUGUGAUUCUUUAUGUAUCUGAUACAGUGACGUGUAUGGUACUUUGCGAUACAGUAUCUGAAUGUGGCUUUAGCCAUAUAUUUACCAGCAAAUGGGAAGGGGGGGGAGGGGGUGUGGUUCAUAUAAAACUGUGCAGCUCUGCUUAUUUUUUUGCCUUGUUUUAGAAGCUUGUGAAAGAUAUGCAGGAUAAUACAUCAGUAAUUAACCCUCCCUACCCUGUCUGGGAUUGUUUCCUCCAUCAUAAGGUAUUUUCUAAGGUUUCUCACCCCUUUUAGGAAAAACAACUCACACUUCCUGGCAGCUCAUCUUCCCCGUUUAACCCCCGAUUUUCCCCAGAUUUGCUCCUACUGAUGUUUUCACUCUGCAGUUCUUGAGCUUCCUUGUUUCAGUCUGUUCGUCAUGUAUUUCUCACCUCCCGCUCAGGCCUCUCCUGGGCAGGGAAUCGAGGCAAUACGGUGGAUAAGACUUGUCCCCCGACUGUACAUAGAACUGAAAGUCCACUGUUGCCUGCCUUGUACAAUGGGGGGGGAAAAAACCAGCUCAUAGAUGUGUACUGGCUUCCAGUAUAUUAAAUAGAAUUGUAGAUAAUGAAAGUGUGUAUUGUUUUAUAACCAAAAACAGACAUGGGUGUGACUCAAGACAAGUAUGUUUUCAGACAGAAGAAUACCAUGUAUAUUCAUUCAUACGUUCAUUAUUGUGUUUGUAUCCCAGGGAGGGGGCAGGGGAGGGAGUGUUGGAAAAAAAAACAAAAAAGAGGAAUGUCGGGCGUUUUUUUUUUUUUUUUUUGGUGAGCUUUUUAGAGUUUGUUAAAUGCACUAUGAAGAACCGUUCACUAGCAUCAAUCAAAAUGCAGCACUUACAUGCUUGUUCUAGCCUUAUGUGUUCCUUGCAUCCACUGGUUUGGGCGUCCAUUCCAGAGAGCAUGCGUUAUUUUUUUAAUCAAUUCGUAUAUGCAGGCCGCGCAGCCAAAAAGCAUUUAAACAAAGUAAAUGAAGCCUGAGUUUAAGUCGCGAUGGGACAGUUCAGUUACCCCCACAACCCCCCCCCCCACCCCUCCCAGCCCACUUUUCUAUUCAAGCUGAUUUUCAUAAAGUAAUUCCAGUGUUUUGAUUUUGAAACCAAAGUCUGUGUAAGGACGUAGUAUUUUGAAAGUAAGGCAAACUCUCCACCACAUUGACAGCAAAGUAAAGCAUUCCUGCGGGCACUGUAGAAUGUAGCCAUGUUGGAUCACGGUGUCAGUAACAUUUCUGUUUAACUCUCUGACCCUCGACUAUAACAGGGUUUGGGUCCUGCUGGGAUUUUUUCCCCAGACAUAAACAAUAGUUCAGUGUUUCUUCGGGAACUUUUUGUUUUCGUUCCGUUUUCUUUGGGUCGGGUGAUAUUCUCAGUUGCAGCAGCUCUACUUGUGCCUUAUGUUUCCUUUCCGUCACUGAUUGCAUUUGACUGAAGGAACAGAAAGUGGCAAAGAGUGCCCCCCCCCCCCUCCCAUCCCCCUCAGAGAGUGACCCAAGCAUGUUCCUGAUCUUGCAUAUCGACGCGUGUGUCUUAAGUCACCAGAACCCUGACGCCGCCUGUGUCCAUUCGCAUCUCUCUGUCUCUGGGCUUUCUUCUUGCUUUCUGACCCGUGUCAUCCUGAAAGAGCUGGAGGGGCAGGACUCGCUGUAUUUAACGCACAUCAUAUACCGACCUAGAAACCGCCGUGCAGCAGAAGUCAAAUGUGCUUCUGUGCGAAGAUAUUGAUUCUUCCCGCUGUCUUUGAUGUGUAACUGAAGAUCGCGCGCUCAUAACGAGUAAAACAUCUGACAAAUGGAGGAUCAGAAGCAGCUGUCAGGAAACACAUUUGCGUAUAUUAUUUGCUAUGCAUCUGGCAAUGUAUCUGGCAACGAUCUUAAAAGAAAUUCAUGUUCCAGGUCCACCCUCCGACAAAGAGAAAUAAGUGGUCUUAUUUGCCGAAUAAAGUGAACCCCGGGUUAGGAGAACUGUGAAUAACACCAGUAUUGAUUUGUAAUAAUAAUGAUGAUAAUAAUAAAGUUGUGCAGAAAGUGACUAUCAUUUCAAGAAAACUAUACUUACUGCCUCUCUAUGCAGUACAGCCUUAAACAGAUGUAAAACUACAGUAUUGACGUGUUUGUUGUAAAUAGUGUUUUUUGUGUCCAUCGCGCGUGGUUGCUAACCAGAGACCGCCCCCUUAAAGCCACAGUACCCCAUAUGUCUCCAUCAAGACUGAAGCACACUGACAGAAAUGACGUAAUAAUGAACUUUGUUACCAGGCAUGGGUCGGUUACUGGUUUUAUGGCGCACCGAGAUUCUAAAAUGUGCCGGCUGAAGUUCUCUGUCGUACCAUUUAAAGUAAUUUUAUUGACAUAAGAGUAAUGGGAGGUUUCUCCGGCUCCAUAAAAUAAUGAAGUGCUACUCCUCCCCCACCUGUUGCUGGGUUCCACCGGUCACCUGACUGAAAGAAAGCUACUUCGCUUCGCCUUUGCUUAUGAAAACAGGCAGCCAUAUAGCAGAAACUAAAGGGGCACCACCCAUACCUCUAAUUGACAGUAAUGUCCUAAAGCCCCGGUUGGCAAGUUGAGAGCAACACGUCAGUAAAGCCGCUGAUUGCAGGCUUGCUACCAGAGGAGAUGAUCUGACUGAAUAACCAGCUAACACCAGCUUGUUGCCAAACAGCAAAAAGUGUAAGAUCAUGUGCAAUAAGCCCUAAUCAGGUGUUUAUUUUAUGUUUUUGCUUUAGUCUAUGUAUCAUGAAAAUAAUAACUAAAGCCCUAUACAUACUAUCAUGACAAAUAUAAUAAUUUGUUAUAUGAUUUUGGCAAUGGAAGUAGUCCUUUUCUUCUCUUUUUGGAUUCAAGGCACCAUGCUAUAGCUUAAUAACCUGAAACUGUGAUAUUUUUACUCAAGGUUACAAUAUCGGCAGAAUCUCCUAACAGCCCAUGCCUAUUUGGUACAGUCAUUAUUCCAGCCCAUUAAAUUACAAAGAACGCUGAAAUAAUCUUUCUCACUACCUUGUGAGACUUCCUUCGAGGCCCAGCUGUAGUGUACUCGACCAAAAAUAGGGAUUUCAGAUGACUUCUGGCUCCUUUGCUUGCAGCUAGAAGGUGCGUUGCUGUAGCGCGAAAAGAAAGGUUGUGUGUUGGUCGGGGAGUUCUCAAAGGAAAACGCCAAAAAUACUCCCAACCUGAUGUUAGCGUGCCUAACCUUGCUUUGGUAUAGAGGACUUUCUGUGGGUCUUCAGUCUGGUGUGGUGAAGGUUAAAUCUAUACCAGUGGGCCGCCUACGCCUCCACGCUGCGGUGGGACCGGUGGUCUCUGGACGGUGGAGUCAAAGGCCCCCAGGUGAUGUCUGUGCUGUCGUGUCCUGUCUGUUUUGUCUCUCCUUCUACCAGCCAAUGCUCCAGUGCCUUCUAACACUGACAAGUAUUGUCCUAAUCCAGAGCGUUCAGUCGACACAGAGACUUCGGAGGGGACGUGGUUGUGGGUGGGAAUCGUGCUCUCUUGUUUGCCGCCAGUCUGGGUCAGUCGGUACAGGUACCUACGGUUAUAGGGUGCGGCCCUAAAAAAUUCAUACUCUGUGAACCUUUUUGAAUCGUGUUGCUUUAGAAGCAGAAACACUUCAUAUGUGUGUUAUUGGGAUUUUAUGUGAUAAACCAGCACAUAAGUGGUGCAUAUUGAAAAUGAUACAUGGUUUUCAACCUUUUUUAUUUUUUUACAAGUACAAAUCUGAAUGUUGUGGCAAGCAUUUGCGUUCAGCCUCCCUUGUCAAUUCUGUACUUUGUUGAACCACCUUCAGCUCCAGUAACACCUGCAGGUAUUUGGGACUGUGUCUGUACUUCUUUGCAUUUCAGUUAGACUUUGACUAGGCCAUUCCAAUACAAGAAAAUGCUUUCAUCUAUACCAUUACAUUAUAGCUUUGGCUGUGUGUUUUGAAGGCAGCUUCCGCUCUGAUCAUGUACCCUGUCCCCACUGAUGGUGUGUUGAAGGUGACUUAGAGUGUUUUCUUUUGUAUCCUGCAAACAGGACUUGUUAUGCCUCUCCACCCGACAAUAUGAGAACGCGAUUCAAAACAGUCUCAUUGAAAGUUUCUCCCACCUGAAGUCAUAAGCUCUGCAACUCCUCCAGAGUUGCCAUAGGACUCUUGGCUGCUUCUCUGAUUUAAUGCCCUCCUUGGCCAGCCUGUCAGUUUAAGUAAUUGGUGAUGUCUUGAUAGGUUUUUCGUUGUCCCAUAGUCUUUCCAUUUCCAGAUGAUGAAUUAAACAAAUCUCUGUAAGAUGUUCAAAGCUUGGCAAAUGGUUUAAAAACCCAGUUGAGCUUUAACAUGCACCAUAAUUUCAUCCCUGACCUGUCUGCUCUGUUCCUUGGUUUCCAUGAUGCUGUUUUUUUCACUGAUGUUCACUAACAAACCCCGAGGCCUUCACAGAACAGUUUGAUACAUACUGAGGCUAAAUUACCCACAGGUGGAUUCGCUUUACUCAUUACGUGACAUCUAAAGGCAGUCAGUGUCAUCAGAUUUUAUUUGGAGGGGAGUAUCAGAGUUAACGAUACAGCUUUUGGGUUUUUAUUUGGGAACCAUUUUGAAAACCACGUAUCAUUUUCCUGCUGCUUCACAAUUAGGCGCUACAUUCUGUGUUGCUCUGUUCCACUAGAUCUCCAUAAAAAAGCAUGAAUGAUUGCAGCUGUAACAGGAUAACAUGUGAAAAGGUUAAAAGUGUAUGAAUAGUUUAGCAAGGCACUGUGAGCAUCCUCUAACUCGUAAGCGGCGUUUAAGCUUACGUUAUUGUAUUAAAUGUACGACGGACAUCGUUUAGGAUGAGACAAACUGGCAACUGCAUUCUGACCUUAUUCCCCUGAUAAGCAUGCAGUGAUUGGAGUCCUACACCUGAGAUGGUGGGGGUGGGGGUGGGGGGGUUGUUCAUAUCACAUAGUCAUAAACCUUGUCAUCCUUCCAGCAUCUGUUUCCCAUUUGAAGCUGUAACGUUGUUCCGAACUCAGAGUGCAAACGAGGCAUUGAGAAAACCAAUAAACGUACUUCUGUAGAGCACAAAGUGAGCUCUUCUAACAGCGUGGGCAUAUUUUAAUUUGUAUACAUUGUGUAUUUGAACCUUUUUCUAGAGUGGCUCUCCUUGAUUUGCAUGCUCAAUUUUGAUUGUAUGCAUAAAUAUUUUAGACAAGUUGAAUUUCAAUUGAAUUUGAACCAAGACUUGGACAUUGUUUGAUAUAUUUCUUUUUGUAAUGGAUUUUUUAAUUCAUGAAGCAUUUUUGUACAUUGUAUGAAUAUUAAAAACUGCAAAUAUUUGACAUAUAGAGUAAAUAGAGAUGCACAUGCAUAUGCAUAUAUUCCUCACAGUAUGUAUGUGUAACCGUACACAUAUAUUUUGUAUUUGCAUUUGCCAGCAUACAGAUAUAUGUCUUAAGCACAUAUAUACCUGUAUUAUAUAUGUAUAUCCAUGUCUGCUGGCAUGCUUUUGGUCAUGUUUCUCUUUCAUGAUCUCGUAGGUUCUUUUUUUUAUUAUUAUUUUAAUUCCUCUUUCCUUAAAAAGAAAUGCUCAUUCUUUGCUACCCUUCUGUUGGCUGGCAGCCUUGAGCACUUAUUAAGAAGAACUACAGUUGAAGUUGUUCAUGUUAUCCAUUGUGUGAAAUAAUAAAUGACUUUAUUGACAGCU